AGGAAGACAUCUAUUCUAAGCAACCCUGGGUUGACCGGUAACUCAAGAGUUGCUACCGGAACCCAUCGUUGUUCAAUAUGACCCAAUUCCUAUCUUUCCGAUCAUUGAUCGGCUUCGUCUCUAUUGCCGUAGCCAUGAUUGCUUUGUUUGGUGCUUCACCACUCAAAGCCUUCUCAUCGACUCUGCAGAGGGCAGGCUUUGAUUGGUACAACUCACAAAAGGAUGUAACAUCUCCAAUAAAGACGAAUGCAGCAACAAAGGCGCCUGUAUACUUCUUCAGCCAUGGUGGUCCUGAUGUGCAAUAUAACACAAAGCACCCCGUGUAUCCGUUCCUUCAACAGAUUGGAAGGGAAAUAACGCAGAAAGUGAAGCCGAAGGCCGUAGUGGUCUUCUCAGCACAUUGGAUGGGAGAGGAGCGCGCUAUUCAUGUUAACAAUGCUGUAGACACUCCUCUCAUUUAUGACUUCUACGGGUUCCCCGAUCACUUUUAUAAAGCUCAAUAUCCGAACAAGGGUAGCCCCGAGCUUGCGAGCAAGAUUAUGGUCAUUCUUUCAGAGGCUGGUAUCCAAUCCUAUGGAAUGGAGCGAGGUCUUGAUCAUGGUGUAUUUUCUGGAUUCCAUGUUGCUUUCAACCCAGAAACGAAUCCACUCAACGUACCACUUGUUCAAGUCUCGCUCUUCAAAAACGAAGAUCCUCAUGCUCACUACGCUCUCGGACGUGCUGUAUCUGCACUUCGGGAUGAGGGAAUAGUCAUCAUCGGAGCCGGGAUGUCAGUACACAACUUACGUGACAUGUACCACAUGUUCGAGGGUAACACGGAGCCACUCCCAUAUGUUGUGAGCUUCGAUAACGCUCUCAAGGAGGCCGUGGAGGCCGACCCAGCUAUCCGAGAGGAAAAGAUGGCGGCGAUAUGUAAGCGGGGAGAUGCCAAACAAGCACACCCUUUCAUGGACCACCUUAUGCCAGUUUUCAUCGCUGCAGGCGCCGCCAGUGAGGACUGGGGAAAACAGAUAUGGACUUUACAUGAAGGCAGCUUCGGAUGGUCGCAGUUCCGGUUCGGUGAUGUUCCUUCAUCCUCAUGAGCAUUAUUUUGGGGGUAGUGUGUAGCCAAAGUGCAACAGCCAUAAUUAUCGAGGCCUGCUAGGAGAACACUAAGGAUCGGACACAUUAUGGUGGCAUCAACCACAGACAAAGUUGAGGUUGGCCGGAGAUGACCAACUUAUACCCAACGAAAAUAAUCGUGUUAUACAGCG